GUUUGACCCAUUGUUAAGAUUCUGAUAUGUGACUUGGCUGCAUGUUGGCAGUGAAAGCAGCACCGUUCAGGGUAUAUAAGAAGGGACCCUGCUAUGCCAACACUUACCCAGUGUCUUAAGACCAAGGUGCAGCAGUGAAAGAAUACACUUUAGAAACUGCUCAGAAGAAAGAAGGCACCAUGAAGUGGCUGGUCCUUGCCCUGGUGUGCCUUCACCUCUGUGAGGGUGCUGUUGUCAAGUGAGUAUGGAACAAUGGCAUGGUGCAGCCUCUCCAGAUGAUUAUUGGCUUCAGUUGUGCUUGGUAGGCAGAAAAAAAAGCAGCAGUGAAGUAUGAAUGUUUAGCACAAUGUGCCUGUAAAGUAAUAAUGUGCCGUUCAUUACUUACUCCUAUCUGGGAGUAAGCAAUAAGCAUUCAGGGCGAGGCUUAAUCCCAGAUAAGCAUGCCUAGGACUGCUGCCUAGGAUCUUUAAAAACCUAUGGACCAAGUUAGUCAUAAUGACUAGCCUGAGAUCCAUUGUUUUCUACUGGAUUUCAGUAGCAAGCCUAUGUCUACUGAACUAUGCACUGAAUUCAGUCGUUCUGAGUAUAUUAAUGAUUGUGACAGUUAGCUCAUAAAAUUUAGAUAAUGGGUGCCCUCCAGAUGUUUUGGACUUCAGCUCCCAUCAGCCCCAGCCAGCAUGACCAAUGGUCAUAAAUGAUGGGAGUUAUAGUCCAACAAAAUCUGGAAAGCACAAUGUUGGCUAUUCUUGAUUUAGAUAAUAGCACCGAUGCUCUUGUAUCGAGUUGUUAAGUGAGAAAUAUAGCUGUAAAGUGCAACACAGAGCAUUUUGUCAUUGAAACUUUAUUUUUAUAAAAGCCUUUAAAACCACAAUAUUCUAUCCGAAGGCAGAGAUUCUCAGUAAGCAAUUGAGACCCAGUUUUUUAAAACCGAAAACCGUUGUGCUUUGAAAUUUUCAAGACAUAUGGACAUGACAGUCAAAUGGACAUGACAUUUAUUGCAAAGAUGCAUAGCAUUUCCCAAUAACAUCUGUGAGAACAAAAUGUACAUUUAAAAAAAUAAAACACUCCUGUACACACUUACCUGAAAGUAAGUGCUGCUGAACUCAGUGGGCCGAACUUCUCAGGAGAUGUGCACAGGAAGGAUUAUACUGUUAAUGUUUUUUCUUUCAUUCAUUUGUAUUUCAUUGCAUUGUUAGAAUUGCAUGGAUGAUGAAUGUAUGUUCCCUAUGCAGGCCUUUUUCAGUCUCUAUUCAAUUCACUCCCUACAUCAAUUGCUUUAAUGUAUGAGAUGAAUGAUUCAUUUAGCUCAGCAUUUUUCCUCAAAAGUAGCCAGGCAGAUGUCCUUGGUAAGCUCAUGGGAGGUGUGAUGGUGACACCUCUGUCCUCCUCAGCAAAUCAGAGUUAUGCUGAACACUAAAAAACACUAAAAAACACUAAAAAACAACAGAAGAGUUUUGUGGGAUCUUAAACACUUUUCAUUGUUUUUGCUGCAAGAAGCUAACACAACUACCUCUCUGGAAAUUGUGAAUAUGGAGAUUCCAAUCUCAGUGAUGCUAGUUAAUAGCCAUGGAAUCUUACUACUCAUAGUAUGUAUAUGGGUAAAAAACUUAUUUCCCUUAGAGCUAGGAAGGCCUGAUGUAUGUGUCUCCACAAGCAAUUAUUUGGUCCCUCAAGAUCAUCCCAAUUCUGGUAGCAGUAGGAGAACCGUUUUUUAUUAUUAUUUAAGUAUAUAGGUACUGGGGUGGGCAGAGAGAGCCUUAAUUGGCAUGCUAAUUGAUCCUUCCUUGAUUGUCAGGUGUGACAUUAACUGAUGAACAGCUAGUGGGCAAUAACACACACACACACUGCUCGGCUGAUCAGCUGAAGAGGGAGCUGUGUGCCUCUGUGUGUAUGUAUGUGAGACUGUGAGAUGGGCACACCCACUUUUGGCAGCACCCACCACUGGCACACAGUCCUAGAACAAUGGCCAAGGAUGAAUGUGGCCUUUGAGCCCAAAAUGUUUUGCCAUCCCUGCGGUAGAUCUCAUUACCUAAACAGACAAAGCGCAGGAAGGCAAGAGAAUCACUGAGAAGGACAAAGACAGGAUCCAAAAUAGUUUAGCUAAUACCUUUUAUUGAAUCAGCAGCUGUAGGUAUUGGUUAAAUAACAAGUAAGAUGAAAGAUGGACAGAGCAGUUUUGGGCAGGGAGGGAAGGACAAAUGUGCAAUAUCACAUAAGAGAAGUCCUGUGGAAGAACCUGUACAAGUGUCCUUCUUGGCUUUCCAUUCCUUGUUAACAACAAAGUGUGAGAGUUAGUGUGGCCUUUUAAGGUUAGGAUGGUGUCAGGUUAGCUUGAACCCUGAUGGAAUUAUAUGGAAGUCAGUGUGCUUGCCUUAGGUAUUAUAUGGUUCAGUCCAGAGAAUUCCAUAAGUGGUCUGAAAAUAUUCCACUGAGCAUACUUAAUAUGCAAAGAGUUUACAGCUGUCUUUUUGACUCUGCGUCUAACUCUUCAUCCCAUAAAGAGUUCCCCUGAAAAAGUUCAAGUCCAUGCGGGAGGUGAUGAAGGAGAAGGGUGUCCUUGAAAAGUUCCUGAAGGACAAUCAUUAUGACCCUGCCAGCAAGUACCUCAACAACUAUGCCAGUGGUUACGAACCCCUUGCUAACUACAUGGACGUGAGUAUACGGUUGGCUAAGAGAAGCUACCAAAAUCAUAGAAAGAGCAAAACUAGGAAAGAAUAAAGGCUAGGAUUUCAACAUGUGCUGGAUGGAAUAAGAAGUCCAGACUUAGCUGAAUCAGUGUUUGAGUCCUAAUAUGUGACUAUUAAAAAUCAGGGGAAUUUUAAGUUUUGAGAAUGGAAUUGUGGUUCUCUUUGUGCAUCACUCUAAAUUAAAAUAUAUGGGAGAGCAUGAAAAAUCAAAAGAAGAAAAAUAUAUAUGAGGAAUGGGUAGUUACAGUAAUGGGUAGUUUUUGCUUCCUUUUGGGGCGAUUGUGCAAAAUGUUCUAUUGAAUGUGCUGGGAACUUAUGCAGAUAUCAAUGUGGGGAGGCUAUUGUUGAUGGCAAUGUACUCCUUUCUCUAGAUGUCCUAUUAUGGAGAGAUCAGCAUUGGAACUCCACCCCAGAACUUCUUGGUUCUCUUUGACACUGGGUCAUCCAACCUCUGGGUGCCAUCAGUCUACUGCCAGAGUCAGGCUUGCAGUGAGUAUCCUCUAAGCCAGUGGUGGCCAAACGUGGCCCUCCAGCCAUUUGGGGACUACAACCAGUGGCGGAGCUUCAUGCUCUGGCACCGGGGGGUGGAGAGCAGGUGGGGGCAGGGCUGGUGUGCGUCCUGGGGGCGUGACACACCGCCUGCAGGGGUGUGGCGCCCAGCGCGGAGGUGUGGCAGCCGUGAUGGCACCCCACCGGGAUUGCGCUGCUGGGGGUGGUGCACUCCCCCUGCACUCCUCUUCCUCAGCCAAUGACUACAACUCCCAUAAUCCCUAGCUAACAGGACCAGUGGUCAGGGAGGAUGGGAAUUGUAGUCCCAAAACAGCUGGAGGGCCAAGUUUGGCCACCACUGCUCUAAACAAAGCAAAGCAAAGGUGAAGAUUGAUUUUGGGGUUUAUAUUUUGGUGCUGGAACUUUUCUCUCUCGCAGCUGCGGAUUCAGGUUCAAUGGUGGAUGAGAAGAGAGAGUGACACACAUCAUAUUAAAACCUGGUUUUGUUGUGAGCCUAAAAGUGACACAAGUCUGUUUUUCUUUAAUUUCUACCACUAGCAAACCACCCAUUGUUCAACCCCAGCCAGUCUUCUACUUAUUCCACCAACGACCAGACCUUCUCUUUGCAGUAUGGAACUGGGAGCCUCACUGGGCUCUUUGGCUAUGAUACCGUAACGGUAAGCAGCAGUGCACCCUAAAUUGGUUUCAAUAGUAACAACAACAACAACAACAACAACAACAACAACAACAACAACAACUGUAUGCCACCCAUCUGAUUGUGUUGCCCCAGCCACUCUGGGUAGUUCCCAACAGAAUAUUAAAAACUGCUUCUUGCAACAGAAGCAGAUAGAUAAUAAUUCAGUAGCCAGGAAGGAAUCCAUUCUAACAUUCCUAAUGCAAUGCACUUAGAUCACACAGGUAACAAAGUAUAGUGACCUUGAGCACAGCCAAAGCUUCAGUGGAGGGUAGGGAGAAACCCUCUUGUACAAAUAUUCUUGGAGAUCUAUUACAGCCAACCUCAACAAUCGGUUUUUCAAUAGCACUCUGUGAACUUAAUGAAAGAGCAUCAUUAUCAAGAAAGCCCAUCCUCUGUGGCAUCUGACCUAUGCAAGGCAAGCCAGUUCAGGAAUAUGUGCAUCCAUUUCAGUACUGUUAUGAAGUUGCUACUAUGCACCAGGCAAGAGGAUUUGUGCAUAGUCACAGUGACCAGAGAGCAGUCUUUCUCAAACCUGUUAUCACUUGUCCUCACCAUGUCCCCUUUCCCCCCAGUUGCAUGGCACACAACAACUUUGUGCAAUGCCAUUCUGCUAUAUUUCUUGAUGGCACUUGUCCACUUUAUAGUGAUGCCACUUUCUCUGUCACAGUAGUAUGAGAACUGAUAUUUCUACUUUGGAACAAGGCAGCUGGUAAUGACAUUGCACUAGCGCAGUGACUAUUAUACUCCAUGCAUAAUACUCAUUAGCUCAAGGGAUUUAUUAGAUUAGUCUACUAUAUUUUUGAAGGUGGUAAAAGAAGAGAGCUAACUACAUUUCUAGGUAUUGUUAUGAAGUCCCAAUGAACAGAAAAUCAAGAGAGGAACGCUUGAAAGUUCAACCAUCUCCUCAUCUUGAUAAUGAAGUUUCAUUUCCCCAGAUAUUUUGAGUGACCCAAGUCCAUUUAGAAGAUCAUUUGUUUCUCUGGAUAAAAAGUGGUUAGUGAGUUGUCUUGUAAUAUCCCCAUUGCAUAUUGGGCUAUCUGAUGCUGUGCUUUUCUGGCAGGUUUCUUUUUCUCCCCUUUGCAAUGUGCUUUUUCUGCUUGGUUGUGAUGAUGACUCUUUUCUACAAUUCCCUUCUAGAUCCAAGGCAUUUCCAUCACCAACCAGGAAUUUGGCCUGAGUGAGACUGAGCCUGGCACAAACUUCGUCUAUGCCCAGUUUGACGGCAUCCUGGGCUUGGCAUAUCCUGCCAUUUCUUCUGGUGGUGCCACCACAGUCAUGCAGGGGAUGCUCCAGCAGAACCUUCUUGAUGCUCCCAUGUUCGGCUUCUACCUGAGCGGGUACGGAUGCAAAAAAGUCUUUUUCUUUUGCAUUUGCCUUGCCUCCAUCUAUCCCUCUUAUAAGUUUCUCAGGGCACCUUUCAGUAGGGAAGGGUGGCUUGGUCUUCUUCCAGUCCAUAUCACUUUCCCGCUUUGUUCAUUCAUAAGUACAAAUUUUUAAAAUCUGCAUGAAGAUUCAUAUUUAAAUACUUACUUUUGAAUAUAUGCUUUUCUGCAUAUAUUUUCUCACAAAAUAUGCACAUUUUUUACUCUACGAUGUGCACUUUAAAAAGCAUUCUGAUUUGCUUAUUGUGUCAAAAACAUUUCUUUGCAAACUUCAGAGAAAGGUGAAAUCUGAAGGAUAACUUCAUUCUGAUCCACAGGCCAGUCUGGGAAGGGCAGAUCGUGUCAGUUCAUAUUGGAAUUCACAACACAAAUUCCUCAGGCAUCCUUAUCUUUCAGGAAAAGUCAAUAUAAACCAGAAACUACUCUCCUAUUUUGUUGCCAUUGCUUUAACCUUGAAGUGUACCUUCCCCCAUCAGUGAUGGGCAAACUAUACAAAGGAGGAGAAACUCAUGGGGAAUUAUUGACUCACUUCUAUCUUAAGUUCAUUCAUUCCUGUUCAACACUGUCCAAUGACAAUCUCCCCUCAGUGGCCAUGGUUGGUUCUCUUUGACUACAGCUUUCAGAUUCAACAGUUUACUGAGAACCAAUAUGGUGUAGUGGCUUGAGUGUCAGACUUGAACCUGGGAAACCAGGGUUCAAAUCCCCACUCAGCCACAACACUUACUAGAUCAGCUUGGGCCAGUCACUGCCCCUCAACCUGACCUACCUUGUAGGGUUCUUGUGGGAGUUAAAUGAUGAAGGGGAGAACCAUAAAUGCCACUUUGAGCUCCUUGGAGAAAAAGGUAGAGUAUAAAUAAAAAUAAAUAAUAAUUUACAACAGUAAUGGGAUUUUUGAGACAUGUCAAAUACAAAAUAGUCCUUUGCUAUUUUGUACAAAUGCUAGGGCUGAGCAUCUAGCUUGAGGGAGAAUUACUAGCCUAAGGUCCAACACUCUCACCAAUAUACGCCAUUGCCUCUGAUGAUGGACCUUGGUUGCAAGGUUAUAAGGCCACAUAUCUAUAGUAGCAUUCAAUUCAAAGUAACUUAAACAUAAAGGAAAGGAGAUGUUUGCUGCUCUGUUUAAAGCACCUUCCAUUUUAGAGUCUCUCCAGGUUGGAUCCAGGCUUACAGUGCAGUCCUGGCCAUGCCUACUCAGAAGUCCUAUUUAAUUCUGUGGGGUUUACUCUCUUAUAAGUGGGGUUAUGAUUGCAGCUUUAAUCAUGCUUAGAGUAGACCCACUUUAGUCUUGUCCCAUAAAUGGUGACAGGUCUACUCUUAAUUAUGACUGAUUCCAGAUCCAGCUUUCUGUCUUUUUCAGUGAAUGUAUGUAAAUAAUGCACAACCCUUCUUGUGCAUUUGUCCUUCUAGGCAAGAGGGCAACCAGGGUGGUGAACUUGCUUUGGGAGGAGUUGAUUCCAGCCUCUACUCUGGUCAGAUUGUCUGGACUCCAGUCACCCAAGAAGCUUACUGGCAAAUUGCAAUCGAAAGGUGAGACUAUUCUCAUAGAUAAUGUCUACUGGGAGCCUGAUCAGGCUUCAGUGGAGGCUUGUGGUUGAAAACCUGAACAGUCCUUUGAUUUGAGUUUUUGGGCUCUUUAAAUCUAUUUCCCUUGGACCAGCUGAGUAACUUCCCCCCAUCUUAUUUUGCAUACCAUGAAACAUGAUCCAAAGAGCAUUAAUAAUGAUGAUGAUGAUGAUAAUAGUAAUAGUAAUAACAACAACAACAAUUUUAUUAUUUAUACCCCGCCCAUCUGGCUGGAUUUCCCCAGCCACUCUGGGCGGCUUCCAACAGAACACGAAAAUACAAAUAUCCUUUGCUUAUGCUGAAAAUUAUAGUUCAACAAUCUGCAAGCAUAUCUUAUUCCAUUUAUUUCUGGCUCUGGCUCUCUGCAUCUUCCAGGUCACAGAAAGAAGAGCUGUGAUUAUUAUAGCCCAAUUACAAAAACCUAAGACUGCAAUCCUGCUUUUGGUUAUUAUGAAAAGCUCAAAACCAUGGCAGCUUUGAUGAUGCCAUGAAAACAUCAAAAGCAAGCAAGGAAGCAUGACAUCCUAUGGUCUUGUGGCUCCUCGAUGCAUCAUCUUAAUAGGAAUAUAACUGCUGACAACUUUGUAAACUCUUCCCCCCUAGCUUCUAUAUUGGCAACCAGAUCAGCAACUGGUGCAGCCAGGGAUGCCAGGCGAUUGUGGAUACCGGAACGUCCCUCCUCACUGCUCCACAGCAGGUCUUUGGAGAGCUGAUGCAAUACAUUGGAGCCGAGCAGGACAGUAAUGGCGAGGUAGGGGGGAAUGCAGCUGUGGAUUGGGGGCACGACCACUUAGCACCAGUAAUCUGAAGAUGCUCAGUAUCAGCACCCAUGAAACUUAGCAUGUUCUUGUUUGACCCCACACAAUGGAUGCACUUCAAAGGAUAAUGCAAGGAGUGUAGACUCAGGGAAAUAUAUUUCUCUUAUUUGGCUGGUGGGGUGGGAGUGGGGACAGCAGCAGAGGAAGCCACUCAGGGCUAGGGCGAGGUGAGCUGCCCAUAGGGGUGGGGCGCACCACAGGGCCUUUGGAGUCUCCUACUCAGCCGCCCUACAGCUGGGGGGGGGAGGCAGCUGAUGGACCAUUUGGGCAGCGAGGAAUCUGUGCAUGCCCAAGCCACCACAUCUUUCCCAGGAGAGACGCAUGGCUCGGGCGCGCUACAGGCCCCGCAGUGAGUGCCACCCGGCAUUUUGUCACCCCACUCAAUGGUGACACCCAGGGCAGCCCGUACCCACCACACCCCACUUCCUCCACCCAUGAGUGGGGAGUGUUACCAGCUGUCAGAAAACUCCUCCAUCAUCUUCCUGCCACAAACUCCCACCCUGACUUUGAACGAACCAUUGAAGAUCUGCAUUUCAGUUUUAACCACCAGGGAAAGGGCACCUAAGGAUCCUCAUUUUUUUAGUUAGUGGUGGUAAUGUUUGAAGUGCAAUAGUGAUUGAAAUAUGCUGCCGCUUAGCUCUUACCAUACUUCUCCUCUCACAGUAUGUGGUCAGCUGCAGCAACGUCCAGAGCAUGCCCACCAUUACUUUUGUCAUCGGUGGAAGCAGUUUCCCUCUGAGCCCCUCAGCCUACGUCCUUCAGGUAUGUGAGACCACUGAAAAGCUGUUCCCCGUUAGUUAGUUAGUUAUUUGUUUGUUUGCUUAUUUAAUAAUCCACACCUUCACAAAAAAUGUGUUGUUUGUUUAUUUAUUUACUAGUCCUAAUCCACACCUUCACAAACAAAUAUCAAGGUGGUAUACAACAUGUAAGAAUAAAAUCAGCGAAAAGCAUUAAUGGCAACAUAAUUAAAGACAUCAGUUAAUACUGAUUGAUGGCACCAGGCACCGGAAAAAGUUUCAUCCUUUUACUGGUGGGUGUUUCAGUACUUAGGGAUGGUUGUCUCAUCCAAAGACUUGCUUCUGGCUAAACUUCCUAUGUGGUUUUUCAUCUACCUAGGGGAAUAUGUGAUGUAAAGCAGUCUUUAAAAAUAAUCACUAGGAAAUGUAGUUAGUGUCUAUGCCAAUGUAGUAGGAUGCAGGUGUAAAGUGCUUGUACCCUAGUGAUGGAGAACAUACCUGGACCAUUCAUUACUGGGAUGCUGUUUGUACCCUUCUGACUGCAGAGCAGUGCAGUGCUCUUACACCUCUGUGUAGGGUCAGUGUGCAACAGUACUUUACACAGCUGCUAAUGCAAGUUUGCACUCUUACAGAUACCUUUUUUUUAAAAAAAUCAUUUUUAUUAAUUUUCCAAUAAAAACAGCCAAUUAACAUAUCCAUCAAAUCAUAAUCAUAAUCCAAUUAUAAUCCAAUUAAAAACAAUAAACUAAAAUAAAAAAAACAACCAAAUUACAGUCCAAAUUAUUAAUUAUUAAUUUGUUCUGGGCUUCCCAUAGUCUGGACCUCUGAAGUAUAUCUCCAAUCUUACAGAUACUUUUUAAAUAAAAGCCAAACAUUGACCAAAAAAAGGCAAAAAUCUUGAAAUUCAACAUUCAGGUGCAAAGUUCUGUGCUGAAAUGUAGUGUUCUCUCAUUACUCUGCAGUUUCUUAUUUAUGCCAUUAAGUUGAUGACAACUCCCAAGCCAAAUAAAUUUAACUGUGAUUUUUCUUUCACAGAACAACAGCGGCUAUUGCAGCAUUGGCAUCAUGCCCACUUACCUGCCAUCUCAGAAUGGACAGCCUCUGUGGAUCCUUGGUGAUGUCUUCCUUAGGUCCUACUAUUCUGUGUACGAUCUGGGCAACAACCAGGUUGGAUUUGCGCCAGUAGCAUAAACACUCCCAGAAGUCUUUUGCGCUGCUCCAGGCCUCAUCCUGCUUCAUCCCACCUGCUUAUUCCUUCUGAUACAUGCUGUAAUCCACCAGCCUUCCUUUCUAAGGACUUGGAGGUGUUUCCUCUGCAAAAAUUUGAAACCUCUGCUGUGAAAAUCCACAACAUGACUGCUGGGCUUUUCUCCAAAGUAAUUGCAAGCAAAUAAAAAUAUAAUCAUAAAAUAACAAUUUGAAUUGUA